UCGGUGCGUGCAGCCUUCACACUUUAAAGCAUUCACUCGUGCAGCCAUGUCCAAAGCAAAGCAAAAGCGAGCGAAACGCCUGGGGUUUUGCGGUAAAAAGUCCAAGGAUGGGCAGCAGUCUAAUGGAGGAAAGAAGGAUCCUGGCAUACCUAAUGUGCGCAGCUUCAAAGAACACAGUCAGAGACAAGCUGAACUCCGAAAGCAGAGGUUGGAGGAGCAACAGGAGAGGCAGAGGUUGUCAAGAGAGAAGGAAAUGAUGAAACGGAGAAGUCUGGACAGUUUUCAGAAAGACAUCCAAUUACGGCAGAGAGAUUUUGAACAGAGGGAAAUUCAAAUGCAAAACCUGGAAAAGCAUGUCAAGUUUGAGACUGAGAACUCAAGAAAAGCAUACGGCAGAGAAUUUAAAAAGGUAAUAGAAGCAGCAGAUGUUAUUUUAGAGGUUCUGGAUGCAAGAGACCCCUUAGGCUGCCGCUGUCCACAGGUUGAACAGGCUGUUGUCCAAAGUGGAACCAACAAGAAAAUUGUCCUUGUUCUCAAUAAAAUUGAUUUGGUGUCCAAAGAAAUUGUGGAAAAAUGGAUUAAGUAUCUUCGCAAUGAGUUUCCUACUGUGACUUUCAAAUCGUCCACUCAGCAGCAGAACAAACAUUUGAAACGGAGUCGUGUGCCUGUGACCCAGGCUACUCAAGAGCUGCUUGAAAGCAGUGCAUGUGUCGGUGCGGAUUGUUUAAUGAAACUAUUGGGAAACUACUGCCGUAACCAAGAUAUAAAAACUGCCAUAAGUGUAGGAGUGGUUGGUUUUCCAAAUGUGGGGAAAAGCAGUUUAAUUAACAGCUUGAAGCGUUCUCGUGCAUGUAAUGUUGGAGCUACACCUGGAGUUACUAAGUGUUUACAGGAAGUCCAUCUAGAUAAGUACAUCAAACUUUUAGAUUGUCCUGGUAUUGUCAUGGCAACCUCGACCAGUGAUGCUGCCAUGAUCCUUCGGAACUGUGUCAAGAUUGAACAGCUGAUGGACCCAAUUCCACCUGUUGAAGCCAUAUUGAGGCGCUGCAAUAAAGCACAGAUUAUGGAUCAUUAUGAAAUUCCAGACUUCCAGACAGCACAUGAGUUCCUUGCCUUACUUGCCCGUCGUCAAGGCAAGCUGAGGAAAGGAGGACUGCCUGACUCUGACAAAGCUGCCAAGAGUGUUCUUAUGGAUUGGACGAUGUGCAAAACAACUUUGGACCCCAUGACUUUAUGGAUUUCAUGGAUAAACACAGAUGUUUUUCAAAAUAUCUUCUUAUGUGUUUCACAGAAGAAAGAAUGGCAUAAAAGGGGUCGUAUUAGCUACUUUACACAUCCUCCUGAGACGCACACACUGCCCACGCAUGUCAGUGCUGAGAUUGUUGCUGAGAUGGGCAAAGCUUUUGACUGGGAUGAACUGGAGAAGGGCAAUCUGGAGGCGCUGGCUGAAUGUGGUGCAUCUGAUGCACAGAUGGGGUUCUGUAUGGCUACGUCAGGAUUGACACAAGGUCAAGUAGAAGAGCUAGCAGAACAGCAAAUGGACGACCCAUCAGAGGACCUUGAACUUCAAGACACGGUUGAAUCAAUGGAUGCAGAUGAGGACCCAGAGUUCGGACCAAUGACCGUUGAGCUAAAGGUUCCCAAGACAAAAAGCAGUACUGCAAUUGAAGCUGUAGGCCCAAAGCCAGUGGACCUAAAAGAAAUCCUGGAUGUUGACCCACUCCUGCAAGGUCAGGCUCUCCUGGCUGCCAACAAAAAGAGAAAGAAGCAGCAAAAAAGAGCUGAUAAACUGGGCACCAAACUUUCAGAUUCUCUUACAUCAGCUUUGAAUUUCUCCUUGUCUGACAGCUGAUGCGGCGAGCAUUAAACCAAGAUAUUUAAAUUAUCUAUAAAAUAUGCAAAUAAAGAAUCUUUUCUCUGACUGAAAAGAAUGACACCACUAGAUUUCUGUGGUUAUUUAUUGACCUCCUUUCUACUCAUAAAUCACCUGCAGGUUUUCUUUUAC